AUGAUAUCAUGGCUAGCGAGGACCGCAAUUUUUCUGAGGCUUACGGUGCCAGCGAUGCAUGCGGCCACAAACCCAGGUGAUAACGCCGCAGAGUUCAAGGCGCUUUGCGCAGUCAUAAAACUAGCGAAAAUACAGCCGAGUGACCUGCAGCCUGGGACCGAAGCCGAGAAAGCUCUCAAAGAAAUUGAAGUGUUAAACAUGUCGGUAGCUGACGAGAAGUGGCAAAAACAAUAUGGCGAUGGAACAGAAAAGUUUGCUUGGUCAACUUUCGAAUCAAAAUUAGGAGACACCGACCCCAAAAAACACUGGAAAGAGAACUGGCAAAACUGGCUUGACACAAAAAAAAGACUGGAAGCCGCAAAAAAAACUGACGAAUGGAAACACACCCACCCUGCGCCAGCAAGCUCCGAGGCAAGGCAAGUAGCAUCAAAGCAAAUAGCAGCUCUAACAGCGGCAGCGACCAAACUGUACCAAGAUUUCAAGACAAAAGCGGACAACCUGAACACAGCUGACAGAGAGGCAGUAACCUCGGAACUAGCCAAGGCGCUGCACGGAGCAGACAAGGUUACAGCGGAAGGCCAAGUCACACCGCACAAGACGCCCGACGGAGUACGAAGCGGCACCAGCUGCAACGCCGCAGCUAGCGGCCAGCGCCUGUUAACGGACCUCAUGUGCAUCUGUGCAGGACAAACACAACUGACAAGCAAAGCGUGCACCACGACACCACUCUCAACGGGGUGGACAGGCGGCUUUGGAAACGCUGCCACACAACAAGCGGAACUGGAGGCAAAGUGCGGCACAGGAUAUCCAGCAGAUCUAACAGCGGAAAAUAUAGAGAACGCUGUACAUGGCCUCGAAAUCUUGGUCGGGCGGCAUAGCGGCACCAACAACAAGGGCGGCUACCUCGGCAAAGACGCAGGCGCAAAUUGCGAUGGCACUGACGGCAACAUCUGCGCCGACUAUACCAACUACUUCAAAGAUGCGGCAAACACAGCCGACGCAGAACUACCGUGGGCGAAACACACGCGACUAGCAGCAACCGCCUUGAUAAACAGGGCUAAAAACUUCAGGGCGGCCGAAGGGCUAGCGGAGCGCAUUGAAACGAUAAAAAUACAGACAGAAUCCACUUUCCAACUAACGCAGUUCACAUUUCCGACGCAAAAAGCGGAGGCGGCAGAAGAAGAGCUCACCACAAGCAAAAAUAAAGACUGCAAUAAUCACAAAACAAACUCAACCUGCACAGAAAAUAAAUGCAAAUGGGAAGGAACAAGUGAAACAGUUGGGGAAUGCAAACCUAAAGAUGGGGAGAAUAAGACAAACGCAGCAGGGACAGAAGGAGCUGCAGGAGCAACAAACUCCGAAGCCAAAAAGUGCUCUGAAAAGAAAAAGCAAGAAGACUGCAAAGAUGGCUGUAAGUGGGAGGGAACAGAGUGCAAAGAUUCCUCUAUUCUAGAAAACAAACAAUUUGCCCUGAGUAUGGUUUCUUCUGCAUUUGUUUCCUUGAUUUUCUGA